AUGUUAAAAAUAGAGUGUUUAAAUAGUCAGAAGGCAAGGAAUGGAAGUUAUCGAUGUGACAGUUGCAAGAAAGAAUUCGCUUCGAAGUAUAAUUUAAAAUAUCAUCAAAGGAUUCACACUGGAGAACGGAGUUUCUCUUGCAAAUUCUGUAAUCGUCAGUUCAUCCAUCCCAGCAGUCUAUGGUACCACGUCAAGACUCACACAGGGGAGAAACCCUUUACCUGUGAUCAUUGCAAACGAAGUUUUGCAAUGAAAAAAACUCUGAUUGAGCAUCUGCGAACUCACACAGGGGAGAAACCCUUUACCUGUGAUCAUUGCAAACGAAGUUUUGCAAUGAAAAAAACUCUGAUUGAGCAUCUGCGAACUCACACAGGGGAGAAACCCUUUAGCUGUGAUCAUUGCAAACGAAGUUUUGCAAAGAGAGGAAAUCUGAUUGAGCAUCUCCGAGUUCAUACUGGGGAAAAGCCAUUUUCGUGUACUUAUUGCUUACAUACGUUUCGUUUUAAAUGUAAUUUAAAUAGUCAUAUUACCAAAUCAAGUAGUGGCAGUAAACCUGCUGACGAGGAACAAGAGGUCCGAAACACAAAAGAGUUUUGGUCUUUUAAACAUUGGUUUUACUCUUUUUAUUUAUUGUAUUUUACAGUUUUAAACAUUGAGAAGGGAAAGAAUGGGAAGUAUGAAUGUGACAGUUGCAAGAAAGAGUUCGCUUCGAAGUCCAAUUUAAAACGUCAUCAAAGGAUUCACACUGGAGAACGGCUCUUUUGCAAAUUCUGUAAUCGUCAGUUUCUCCAUUCCAGCAGUUUACGGUACCACGUCAAGACUCACACAGGGGAGAAACCCUUUAGCUGUGAUCAUUGCAAACGAAGUUUUGCACAUAAAGGAACUCUGAUUCAACAUCUGCGAACUCACACAGGGGAGAAACCCUUUACCUGUGAUUAUUGCAAACGAAGUUUUACACAGAAAGGAAAUAUGAUUGAACAUCUGCGUGUUCAUACAGGGGAAAAGCCGUUCUCGUGUACUUACUGCUUACAAAAGUUCCGUUUUAAAAGUAAUUUAAAUUGUCAUAUUAAUAAAUAUCAUAAUAAUAAAUGACGAUAUUUGUUAUGAAUGAGCAUGUUGACUAAAGUAUUUAUUCGUAUUAAUAU